GGUAUAGUCGGAAUAUAUAUAUAUAUAAAUAUGUCGAUGGAUUGGGUAUAGUGUCCGACCUACCUUCACGUCCAAACAUUGAUCUUCAGUUCAGUAUCACACUUCCCAUCCAUACCCCAAUCACUCAUACUUCGAUAAAAACAAAAACCAAACGAAAGAAAAGGAAGAUGACACUCCCCGCCCCAACUUUCCAAAUUCACUACUUCUCAACCGCAACCACCUACACCGGCAAACAGACCGAAUCCCUCCCCGCCCCACUACCCCUCAACCAACUCUUUGAUGUCCUGGAAUCCAAGUACCCGGGCAUUCAAGAGAAGGUGCUGAGUAGUUGCGGAGUGAGUUUGGGAGAGGAGUAUGUUGAUGUCAAUGAUUGCGAGGGGGUGACAAUCCAGUCGGGGAAUGAAGUCGCAGUUAUUCCGCCUGUUAGUUCGGGAUAAUCGAGAUUCUUCUUUCUUUUUCAAUUUUGACUAGGGAACGUUUAGCGAGUGAGGUUUGGGAUUGGGGGGUAAGGUCCAUCCUUGGUGCUACAUACAAUAAAUGACCAUGUUUGGGAAAGAAAAAAAAAAAAAAAAAAAAGAGGAUAAAAAAA